AUGAACCACACGAGCGAUUCCGUUCACAUCACAGCACACACAACCGUAACCAUCGAAUCAGUGCUUCCUUCCUCCCCAUCAUCUUUUCUCAAUGUACCUCCAUCACCCCCACCCGACUUUGCACGUGGAUACAAAUUCUGGUGUAUCGUCAUCGGUAUCAGUGUUACCAAUCUCCUCGGCGCCCUCGAGAACACAGUCGUCUCGACCGCUGCCCCUGUAAUCUUAUCCUAUUUGCAGAUGGGCCAGAAUUUCAUCUGGAUCACGAAUGCUUUCUUCGUGUGCAGUUCAGCCUUCCAGCCUUUGUUUGGGCAGUUGUGCAAUAUAUUUGGAAGAAGCUGGAUCGCCAUACUCAUUGUCGCCAUUUUUAUACUUGGGAGUGGGAUAUGUGGUGGCGCUCGUAAUGGCACCAUGUUGGUCGCUGGCCGGGCAGUGCAGGGCAUGGGGAGUGAAAAAAUUCGUGCUGGAUACCGCGAAGCAUUAAAGCGUGUGUGGCAGAUCGCUAGGGUCUUUGCCGGACUAGCUUGCGUGUUAGUUUUGCUAGAGAAGGAAAUACCGCUGACCACAAGUCUAGAAACAGAAUAUGGAUUGAAGGAAUCUUUGAGAAAGCCUCAAGAACGAAAAGAUAUCGAGAGAAAUUAG